AAAAUGUUAACUUCUGUGUUAGUUUAGCUUCAGCUGACCCUUAGCUGAGUCAAGGCUGCGUAGCUUCAGAAAACAUGCAGACACCUACUCUGCUCAGCUGGGUGGAGGCAAUGUCAAUUAACGAUGCAGGCUUUUUAUUUCUAACCUUAAACCUGACAACUACUGGCCUAACAUCAGGCAGGAUGGGAUAUCAGGCAUGGGUUUAUUUUGCAUCUGUCUUUCAAUCGAUUUCUUGUGGCAUCCAUUAUUUGGCUUCUGUCUUCUUAGCUGUUACGCCAAAAUUUGUAUGUCGCGUCUCUGGGAAUGUGAGUAGUGUUCUGAUUGACAAUUCAUCUAGUUCAAGCAUAGAAGAUGCGUGGACACUCUGGACAUCAACACAAAACUACAUCUUGGUCCAGCUGGAGGAUGGAGAUGUUUGGGAACUUAAUCAGUGCAGCCGGUUCAGACGAGAGGACGCUUUGAAUUUUACUUAUGAGUACAGUGGCAACAAGACUGAGUUCUCGUGUACUGACGGAUUCAUCUAUGACCGGACAAAAUGGCAGAGCACCAUUGUUACAGAGUGGGACUUGGUCUGUCAGAGGGCAUGGCUUGCCAAACUAACACAGCCCACGUUCAUGCUUGGAGUCCUCUUGGGAGCUGUGAUUUUUGGAGAUAUUGCUGACAGAAUGGGGAGGCGGCUGGUCCUGUGGUUCACAAGCAUUGGACAGUUUAUUUUUGGCGUUGCAGUGGCAUUCACAUUUAACUACUAUAGUUUUGUGAUUGUCCGCUUCCUCCUUGCAAUGGUUUCAAGUGGCUAUCUGGUUGUAGUGUUUGUUUAUGUGACUGAAUAUAUUGGCAUAAAGGCUCGCACGUGGGCAUCUAUGCACGUCCAUGCAUUUUUUGCAGUGGGGAUUAUGGUUGUGGCCCUGGUAGGCUACUUGGCAGAGACCUGGUGGGUCUACCAGAUAUGCCUUUCCAUAACAACUCUCCCCUUUGUCUUGUGCUGCUGGAUGCUCCCAGAGACACCCUUCUGGCUGCUCACGGAGGGAAGAUAUGAAGAAGCACAAAAAGUAAUUAAUGUAAUGGCAAGAUGGAAUAAUGUAAGCACUCCUUGUAAAAUUUCUGAACUCUGUUCAGUCCAAGAUGAUCUAGUCAAUAGCAGAUCGGGUGAUAACGACCAUUCUUCCAUGAAGAAGCACAGCAUCUUAGAUCUGUUUCGUAACUGGCGAAUUGCAAGAAGGACCAUUACUGUCUGGCUGGUUUGGUUCACUGGGAGUUUAGGAUAUUAUGUAUUCUCCCUCAGUUCCGUGAACCUUGGAGGCAAUGAAUAUUUAAAUCUGUUUCUCAUAGGUGCUGUGGAGCUUCCUGCAUAUGUCUUUGCUUGCAUAGGCAUGGAGAAAUUGGGAAGAAGGAACACGUUGAUCCCGUUCCUCCUGUUGAGUGCUGUGAUCUGUGCUCUAGUGAUGCUGAUACCUCAGGAUUUCAAAAUAUUAAUUAUUGUAGCAAAUAUGGCUGGAAAGUUUGCAAUCGGUAUUGCAUUCGGCCUUAUUUAUCUAUACACAGCAGAGCUAUAUCCAACAGUUGUAAGGUCCCUUGCUGUUGGAAGCGGGAGCAUGAUGUGCCGGGUAGGGAGUGUGGUGGCACCUUUCUGUGUCUAUCUGUCAAGUGUCUGGAUCUUCAUGCCUCAAUUGAUUGUUGGAAUCGUGGGCUUUCUGAGUGGGAUAUUAACGCUGAUGCUGCCAGAAACCCUUGGGAAACCAUUGACAAAUACUUGGGCAGAAGCUGCAGAACUCGAUGACCAUGUUAACAAAGUCAAUGAUUCAGAAAAAUCUCUGCCAACACAGAGUGAUGCAGCAUUAGAAAAGAUAGAGAUGCUGAGUCCAGGGACGCAUGGUGUGAAUGAAUAAGACGGUCACUUUCAUUUUAGUUACCAUAUUGUAUUGUGCACCUUUAUUUGCAAUAACCAGCAGUCUGUAUACUCUUUUGCCUUCUCAACAAGGGAGACAUAAGAAUUUGUAGAACAUCUUUUAGAGAUGCUCUGAAGAACCUGUUAAUAUCCAAACAGUAAUUAAUCUUAACACUUUUUGAGAUUCAUUAAAAGAAAGUUUCUCGCCCCC